AUGAAAAUCUAUCUAUCUAUCUAUCUAUCUAUCUAUCUAUCUAUCUAUCUAUCUAUCUAUCUAUCUAUCUCAGAUCUAGCUCACUUGUCAUAUCUAUCUAUGCAUGUUCAUAUCUAUCUAUGCCAGUUUAUAUCUAUCUCCUCCAGAUCAUUUCAUAUCUAUCUAUUUCAAAAGAUUUUCUAUCUAUCUAUCUAUCUAUCUAUCUAUCUAUCUAUCUAUCUAUCUAUUAUUGUUACUACUACUACUACUACUACUACUACUAUCCGUGAAGUUCUCUCUCUCUCUCUCUCUCUCUCUCUCUUAGUUGAAAUCACUGCUUUCUCUAUCUAUCUAUCUAUCUAUCUAUCUAUCUAUCUAUCUAUCUAUCUAUCUAUCUAUCUCACUCUGUUCAUAUCUAUCUAUCGAGCUACCAACAGUAUGAUAUCUAUCUAUCUAUCUAUCUAUCUAUCUAUCUAUCUAUCUAUCUAUCUCUGA